CGCGGCAGCAGCGGCGGCGGCAGCGGCGGCAGAGCGGCGGCGGAGGCAGCAGCAGCGGCGGCGGCACUAGACCCUCCUCUCAGAGGGAGGAAUGAUGAGACGAGCAGCCCGGAACUGAAACACUCCACUCCGCCGCGUCGGCUUCGCGUUGUUUCCCGCCUUACAAAUAAUAAUAGUGCGUCAUAACUUCAAAGAGCCGACAGCAACGCAACACCUCUGUUCGACCUCCCAAAGAAUAACGCAUCAGUCUUUCCGUGAGUGUUGCUGUCCAACAGUCAGCAUGUCGUCAUCCUACGCUGCUGCCAUAUCAGCCCUUAUUGCAUCCAACCAACCAAUCUAUCAGCCUUUCUCAGGAACGAUACGUAACAGUAGCAGUAGUAAGGGACCCACACCUAGCAAGAACACCCACUGCCCUCCAUCUUUACCGAACCAUUCUGCUUCACCUGACCCUCCAGGAUCUUAUGAAGAGCAUCAGGAGAAUCCUUCAGACUAUGGCAUAGGUGGUUAUUACCCUGUAGAGAUUGGAGAAAUUUUUGUUGACCGCUACCAAGUGCUUAAAAAGUUGGGAUGGGGUCACUUCUCUACUGUAUGGCUCUGCUGGGACAUGGUAAUGAAGCGCUUUGUGGCUCUGAAAGUGGUGAAGAGUGCUGAGACAUUCAGAGAGACGGCACUGGAUGAGAUCAAACUGCUGAAAUGUGUAAGGGACAGCGACCCCAAAGAACCUAAGCGUGAGAGAAUUGUGCAGCUCAUUGAUGACUUUAGAAUCUGUGCUACGACUGGAGAGCAUGUGUGCAUGGUUCUGGAGGUUCUCGGCCACGAGCUGCUCAGGUGGAUCGUUAAAUCCAACUACACAGGGCUCCCCCUGCCUUGUGUAAAAAGCAUUCUCAAGCAGGUUUUGGAGGGUUUAGAUUACUUGCACACUAAAUGCAAAGUGAUCCAUACCGACAUCAAGCCAGAAAACAUCCUCCUGAGAGUGGAUGAAGGUUAUAUUAGAAAGCUUGCAGCCAACACAAAACUGUGGCAGUUACCCGGUUCUCCUUCUCUCAGCAGCUCAGUGAACAGAAACCCAGGAAGAAAACAGAGUGCGUUCAACUUAUUUGGGAAGCUGACGGGGGUCUUGCACACCCUUGGUGAAUGGUCCGGCAAGGUUUCCAGGAGUCCAUUAAAGCGACUAUCAGCGAAGGACAAAAGCUGUCGAGGACAGAAGAGUCCAUCUGAUCUGAAAUCAGACAAACCUCAUGUGACUUUUUCUGAAAAUGCUGCUGCCGCUUCAAGCGGACAUCCCUCCACAAAGCUGAGAGGUCCUAACCUUCAGAUGAGGAGACAGACGUUGCUGUUUGAAGACGGAUUGGAUAGUGCUUCAUGUAGCCACAGAGACUCAAUUGGCUCAUGCCCAAAUUUUAGCAUGGAUGCUCCUUUCUCCGGCUCCAGAUCUGUGUUAUUUCACCAGACUGCUCACAUUGAGCCUGGUCCUCCAGCUUCCUCAGCUAGAGGAAUCAGUGACUCAGAUGUACCAUUAGACCUACUGAAGCCUCAGAGUGCUGACAAAAUUGUUGUCAAGAUUGCAGACCUGGGCAAUGCCUGCUGGGUGCACAAACACUUCACUGAAGACAUUCAGACUUGCCAGUACCGCUCUAUAGAGGUACUGAUUGGUGCCGAGUAUGAUACUCCAGCUGACAUCUGGAGUACUGCCUGCAUGGCUUUUGAGCUGGCUACAGGAGACUACUUGUUUGACCCCCAGUCAGGAGCCACGUUCUCCCGGGAAGAAGAUCAUAUUGCCCAUAUCAUCGAACUGCUUGGACCUCUUCCAUCCCAGUUUGCCCUUUCUGGAAGAAAAUCCAAAAAAUUCUUCAACAGAAAAGGACAACUGCGGCACAUCUCCAAACUGAAACCAUGGAGCUUGUUGGAGAUCCUGCUGGAUAAGUACGAGUGGCCACGAGAAGAAGCUCUCCAGUUCAGUUUCUUUCUCCUCACCAUGUUGGAACAGCAGCCACUGAGAAGAGCCACCGCUGCUCAGUGUUUGAAACACCCCUGGAUUACCUCCUAGAGACAGCAGCGUCAUGUCAUUCAGAGCACAGCAGACAAUCAAUGUUAAACAGGACUCAGCUUGUUGCUCGGUGCUGGCAUCAGUAAAAGCACGCAUCUUACCUCCCUCCCUCUGUCCUUCGUUCCUUCCCUCCUUCCUUCAUUUCUCCCUCCCCCUCCCUCCUUCCUUCCUUUUUCCUUCCAGUUUCCACAUUUAAAUCCUGCUUACUGUAUAAAAAUCUGCCACAUAUUCUUGGUAAUUUUAGUAUUUUAACAUUUUAAAAUGACUACAAAGGACUGAGAACUCCUUACCUGGAAAGUUAAGUCUAUAAACAAUAUGUUGUUUUUUUUUUUACAAUAAAGUGUAAGACCUCUGGUCUAUUUAUCAUGCUGAAGUUUUAAUAAACUGAUAUCAAAUGGA